AUGAAUGAUUCAAUAUAUUACGAUGGAGGUAUAUUCAAAUUUCUUCCAUUUGAAAAUACUACUUGGAUUUUUGAAUUCGUACAACAAAGUACUGAAAAAAAGGAAGUUCAAUUAGUAAUUAGCCUACUGAUAAUCUCAUGUUUAUUGAGUUUAAUAACUAUAAUAAAAGUAAUAUUUCUUUAUUGUACUAAAAAUACUACUCAUAACAGUUUAUCAGUAGAAACCUACUCUACAAAGAAUGAAUCAUCGUUAAACAAUCAAAAAAUUAUAGACCAUGAAAUUGAAUUCUCUCGUUUAAAUGAUUUUGAUUGGGAUAACAUAUCACUUUUAAGUGAUCAAUGGAAUUAUAUAACCAAAACCAAGCAACAAUAUCAUCAGCUUAAAGAUGAUACUGUAUCCAACAGUUUUUCACAGAUGAUUGAAUUAUCUUCCAAGGAAUUAAUGAAAGAUAAAGAAGAUUUGAAUGAAAAAUAUGUGAAAUUUCACGAUACAUUUAGAAAUCAUAAUGAAAAUUUCGAAAAUAUUCAACUUGAUACAAAAUAUCAAUCAAAAGUAUCAGAAUUGUACAAAAAAUCUUUACUAUACUUAUGCAUUUAUUCUGCUAUCUUUGUAAUGUGUUUUGUAGGAUUUCUGUGUUGUUGUAUUCUACUUGUAAGGCAUCAAGAAAAUCUACUACAACAAAUCAAUAGUCUACCAUCACAAUUAAAAUUGAUCUCAUUCAAUAUUGAACAGUUUAUUCAAUAUGCUAUAGAUAAUGCUUACAUGUUAACUACACUUCAUGUAAACAAUGAUGCAUUACAUCAACCACAUAAUUAUAGUUUAUUAAAUAAAUUUAUUGGAAGGGUUAAAUAUUUUGUAAUUGAAGGUUUUACUUGUUUAACUACUGAUUUGUGUAAUAAAAGUAGUAUAACUGUUAAUAGUUUAAAUUUGUCAGCAAUAUCACCACCGGAACUAGAAAAUAAAACAAUUUUGAAUCAGUUAAAUGAAAUUAAAACGAAAUCACAAUUUAUUUUAAAUAUAUUUGAUUUAACUCUUCAUCGAUAUGCAAAUUUGAAUAAUGUCGCCAAAGUAUUGAAUAUUGAAAUGAUUAGAAAAAUUGAACAUUCUUGGUAUGAAUAUCGACAGAAUAUAUCACGUUUAUCUCCUCUUAUUCAUUCAUCAACAAUAUCAUUAUCUUCCAAUUGGUGGUAUACAUCACCUAUAAUACAACAAACAAAAAUUACACUUUGUGAUAGUUUAAAAGAUUCACAACUUGUUGAUUUUAUUUCAUGUGAAAAAAUUAAUGAAUUUUUGUUAGAAUUAAUAAAUUAUUGUACAUAUUUACCAACUAUCCUACCAUUGAAUCCAUUGACAUCAGUUUUAAUGUAUGAUUCAAUUCCUAAGAUAUUGAAUGCUGAAGAUGUUAUUAAUAAAUGGCUUCCAGUAAUUACAAAUUUAUCAAGUAAUGGUGUUAACUUUUUAUUUGAAACAUACUUAAAACCAGAAAUUGUUAAAAGAAAAGAAGAAAUUUCUGUUUAUAUUGGACAACAGAUAGAUAAUAAUAAAGUUAUUGAACAAUUGAACAAAAUUUUACGAUAUAUUAGUAUAACGAUGAUAAUUUUCUUUAUAAUUCUUAUUAUAUUGUGUAUAAUUAUAAUUGUAUUAUAUAUGCAUAUACUUAUUUCACGUGUACGAUGGAUAAAAGGUCAAAGGCAACUUUAUAAGAUUUUUAUUAGUCGACAAGAUCAUUAUAAAAUUCAUAGAUGUCGAUCUGUUUGUCAACAUCUUACUUUAUGUAUAAUUUCUUUGAUCAGUUUAUUAUUUUUAAUAAUUAGUCUUUCAGGUGUAUACCUUUCAAUGAUGAGUAUAACUGAAGGCUGUACUUACUUACAACCGAAUAAUUUAGCACAAAUAAAAGCUGAUGAAUUGAUUACCAAGUAUAUAAAAACUCUUAUUUAUAAUUUUAAAGAUGCUCAUAACUUUCUGUCAAUUCCUAAUUUAAAUUUACAAAUACCACAGAAUAUUCUACAAACAAUGAAUUCAAAAUAUGUACAAGGAAAUUUACCAUUGUUACGCAGUUUACAUAUAAAUCGUCCAUUUAACUUUAGUAUUGUACUCAAUUCAAAUUUCACUUAUUUAACAUUGAAAAAUAUUUGGUAUAAAAAAAUUAUAAGUAAAUUGAAUAAAUAUGAUAUAAAAUCAAAAAUCCCACAAAUUAAUUUAAAAAAAAAUUAUUUCAGUAUAUUAUUACGUAAUCUUAACAAUACAUCUAAAUAUCGAAAUGAAUAUCUGAUUAGUUUAUAUGAAAAAAUUAAUAUGUUAUUCAAUGCAUAUUAUAAAAAUUAUUUAUUUGUUCAAGGGAAAUUGAAAGUUAUUGAAGAGAAUAAAGUUAUUAUACAGCUAUUAGACAAGCUUGUUGAUUUUGGAUCCAGUGUACUAGAGAAGCUUCAAACUUUAUCUGAUUCAAGUCUUAAACAUUUAAUCAAUGAAAUAUUUCCAAAUUAUUGGUAUCAGUUAUUAUCUAGUAUAGAAUUGUAUAUUAUUCCAUUUAUCUCUGAUUUAUUAGAUGAUAUGAUACCAUAUGAUGGUUUAAAUGAGAUUUAUAGACAAGUUGUUGGUUGUAUUUGUCAAAUGCCUAACAGUGACAAGGAACAACAUUUCACUUUAACUAUGAAAGCAAUUCUACCUGAAUUGAAGUUGUUAAGUAUAGCUGGUUCAGCUGGAAGUUUCUUGGCGUUGUUAUUAACCCUUAUUAGUUCAUUACUAUUGUAA